AUGUCGCCACGGGAUACAACGGGACAGACCCGUCUUUCCCCGCCGCUGACGGCAGAAAUGGCGUCGUCAUCGACCUCGUUGGACUUUUCCACCUCGUCUCAGAGCGGCUCUAGCGCCAGCAGCGGCCCGCCGCCGGCCGUCCCUCCGCUGCCGCCCUCCUCGGCGGCGUCAGCGGCAAGACCGGCGCCUGCAGUUCCGGCUCGCCCGCCGGACCGAGCGCAGACGCGAGCUACCGCUGGUUCAGACAGCAGCUCGUUCUCAUGUGGAAGCAGCUCGGAAAGCGAGAGUGGAAGCGAGGCACCUGUCCCGGCCGCUCGGUCAGCGGCCCGAGCUCGAGCACCAGCACCAGCGCGUGCACCACCAGCCCCUACACCAACGCCAGCUCGGGCGCAAGCGGCGCCUCGCGAGUCUGGCGAUGGGGGACAGGCGACACCGCGGACGCCGCGGAAGCACGGCUGGGACAUUCUGCGGUCGCAUCCAAAGCUCUCGCAGGCUGCACGAGUCCUCAAUCGAUCGGCUAGCAAGAUCCAGGCCGACCGCGGGCGGGAGGACGAGAGCAUCGGCGAGGCUGACAGCGGGAGCGAGUCGUACACGGUCGAUUACUCGUACUCGGGCUCGAGAUCAUGGACUGACGAGGGCGAGAGACUCGGCAGCUCUGCCGAAGCAGCGCGAGCCCGGCGCAAGCGGCGCGAGCGGCGGCGGGCGCAGUUGACAGGCGGGGCGCGGCAGCGGUCAUCGAUAUUUGCGUCUGCGCUCGACCACGAGCUCAAGUCGGAUGCUUGGCUGGCUCUGGCGCAGGGCCAGGUGAAGCAAGAGCUUUCUCUGACAGACAAGUUGCUGCAGGAAGAGCUGUACGCGACGGUGCCGGGGACGCCGAUGCCGGACCACAUGGCAGCGCAGGAGGCGGCGCUCGCCGAGCUGGAGGCAGCGGUGGCGCGCGACUCGGCGAUGCUCACGUCGUUCCGCGACGCGCUAGGACGGGCCAAGGAUGCCGCAGGCAACCUGCGGAGCGGACUAGAGGCGGUCGAGGCCAAGCUCGACGUGGUCGAGUCGCUGGUCGUCCCCAUCCACACGGUCACCUCCCAGCUGCAAACGACGCACGCCAAUCUCGAGGCGACGACAGAGUUGCUGGAGGAGGCGCUGGCGCACUACGCGGUGCCUGGUGAGCUGGCCCAGGUUGUCUCGCAGCCUGCCCGACAGGAACGGUACAAGCCGGUGGUCCGGGCUGUGGAGCGGAUCGACGCGGCGCUGGCGUUCUUUGGAGCGCACCCCGAGUAUGCCGAUGCUAAGGCGACGGCGGCGACACUGCGGACCAUGCGGGCCAAGGGCUUGGAGAAUGUAGGCGAGAUGGUGGCGCGGGUAGCGACGACGUCGUGCGCCAAGGCGCGCCUUGCGGCCGAGUACGUCGGAGUCGAGGGGGCGUGGCCGGUGGCGUCAGAUGCCGCAAGCCUGCUCCUCGAUGUGGCGCCGGCGCUGAGCGGAGCGCGGUACACCGCGCAUGAGGCAGUGCUGGCGAGCGCGAGGCGAACCGGCCUGAUGGCGUCGCUCAAGGCCGAGGCUGUGGCGCUCGGAGCGGACGCACCGGCGAAGAGUGGGAGCAGGCGACGGAGCGGGCGGCGCCGGGCGCGGUCGGCCGAGACUGGACCCCACGUCCACUGGUACACCAAGGGCUCGCUGCCGUACCUGAAGCUGGUGCAGAGCUUUCUCGGGAUGGCCGAGGCCGAGCGCGAGUUUGCGACGCGGCUCUUUACGCUCGACUCGUUUGAUGCCAACUUUAAGACCGUGGUCGAGGCCUCGGUGGACUACCUCGUUGAGGUCGGGAGCGGGGCAGUGGCGCGGAGUGAGGAGUCUAUGCGGCCGCUGGUGACGAUGGACGUGGUCGGCGUGCUGUCAGAGACUUUUGUGGCGUUUGCGAGCGUGCUGCGCGGCGUCGAUGGCAUCGGUCUUGCCACUGGCCUCUCCAAAUUUAUGGACUCGCUCAACGGAGCAUUGCGGGCGUGGCUGACGUCGUUUGUGGCCUCGGUGGCAUCGCACUCUGCCAAGCAAGUUCCCAAGGAUGGAACCGUCUCGGAGCACACCGCCAACACGCUCGGCUACGCCCGGGCGCUGCUCGACUACGAGGCGCUGCUGCAAUCGCGGCUGCCAGCGGUGUCGUGGCGCGAGGCGGGCGAGGCGAGCGGCAGCGGCGAAGCGCGGGCAGCGACAACGCCGCUGGGCGAGUACAUGUGCAAGGUCCUCCGCACGCUCGAGGAUAACAUCCACGCCAAGGCGAGGAGCUACAAGGUCGACUCGCUGCGGCACAUCUUUCUCCUCAACAACUUUCACUACAUCGUGAGCUCGGUCCGGUCGUCGGGCCUCGCCUCGGUCGUCCCGGGCGCGCUGGUGGGCGAGUUUGAGGCUCAGGAGGCGCGGGCCCGCGAAAAGUACCAGCGGACGUGGGAUGCGGCCAUGACGCAUUUGCUCGACAAGAACCUUGCGCUGAAGGCAUCGGGAGGCGAGUCGGCCAAGCUGUCCAAGUCUGACCGCGAAAACAUCAAGAGCCGGUUCUCCAAGUUCAACGCCGAGUUUGAGGCCAUCACAGCGGCCGCGGCAACGUACACGGUGGCGGAUCCGGAGCUCCGCGACGCGCUCAAGGCCGAAUCAAAGGAGCGAUUGCUCCCGCUGUACACUCAGUUUGUGGCGCGGUAUCGUGACGUCUCGUUUACCAAGAACUUGUACAAGUACCUCAAGUAUAUGCCCGAGACGGUUGCGGAGAAGAUGGACCGCGCGUUUGCAUGACGCGCUCUGCAUGGUGCUGGAUCACUCGUCGACGUCGUUGAUGUUGAUGACGUACGUCUUGCCGGGCUCCCACUUCAUGGUGACCACGGGUGUGUCGAUUGCGUACGCGUCCGACGUCUCGGAGAUGUCAGACUCGGUGUCGACGGCAGGCGAGCCCGAGACUGGGAAGCUUCUUGGCGGGACUGGCGGCCGGACGUCAGCAUCAAGCACGGCGUCAGAUGCGUCCAUGUCGACCAGGUCGUACUCGAGGUCGAUGUCCGAGUCGGUGUCGCCUGAGCGGACGUCGAUAACCUCAAAAUCGUGCGAGGCCGACGACGCGUCCAACAUGUCUCCAGCGCUCGACUCGUCGUCGCCAGCGUUCGAGUCGGAAGCCGAGACGAUGACGUGCUCAAGCUCGGUGAGCGGCUCAUCGGCGGCAUGAGGCGACAUAGGGACAGUAGAGGCCGGGGCUGGAGCUGGGCUGUUGUCUGUGUCCGACUCGGUGGGGCUCUCGCGCAUGGCGUCCUCAAUAGCCUCCUUCUCGGCGAGCCGAACUUUCCACGAGUCGACCAACUCGAGCCAGCGCUGGAUGAGGGCCACGAGCGAUUUGCGGCGAGCCCGGACCAAGUCUGAGCCGUGCGACGGGAUCGAGUCGAGUUUGAGCAUGCCGUGAUGCAUGAGCAUCUCGCCAAGGCCGACGGCGUCGACCUCGCGGGCGGUGUUGUUUGCGAGCUUGGCCUCAAACUCGCGGACAAGCUCCGUCACCUUGUGCAUGACAUCGCGAAGAGCGCGGAGGUGGUCGAGGAUGUGGGAGCGGCGGACGAGCCAGCCGCGGACAGCUGCCUGGAUGACGAUGGCAGAGGCGUGGCGGACCUCGGGCAAAGCCCGGCGGCGGGCCUCGGCCUCGGCCACCCGGCGGGCCUCGUGCUGGCGGGCGGCGGCCUUGCGACGCUCUUGGGCACGGCGAUGGGCGCGAGCGUGG